AUGGCAGGAACCCAGUCGCUCCCUCCGCCCGCCCUCCCACAGCUCGUCGCAGAGCAGCACGUCCCAAUCCCCUCCACCGACAAGGAAACCCGCAGACUGAUCGUCGUCCUCUCUAAUGCCAGUCUCGAGACCUACAAGGCGACCUUUGGUGGUAACAGACCGGGCGCCCAGCGCGAAGAGAAAUACUCGUUGCUCAACAGUGAUGAGCAUAUCGGCGUCAUGCGCAAGAUGAACCGUGACAUCAGCGAUGCCCGACCUGACAUCACCCAUCAGUGCCUCCUCACCCUCCUCGACUCUCCCAUCAACAAGGCAGGCAAGCUUCAGAUCUACAUCCACACUGCCAAAGGCGUCCUCAUCGAAGUCAGCCCAACCGUCCGCAUCCCACGUACCUUCAAGCGAUUCGCCGGUCUCAUGGUCCAGCUGCUCCACCGUCUCUCCAUCCGAUCCGUCAACUCCCAAGAGAAACUCCUCAAGGUCAUUCAAAACCCAAUCUCUGACCACCUUCCCCCGAAUUGCCGCAAGGUCACCCUCUCCUUCGAUUCGGAGUUGGUCAAGGUGCGGGAAUACGUGGAGAGGCUGGAUGAUAACCAGAGCAUCUGUGUAUUCGUUGGAGCCAUGGCCAAGGGGUCCGACAACUUCGCCGACCAGUACGUCGACGAGAAGAUCUCAAUCAGCAAUUACAGUCUCUCGGCUAGUGUAGCUUGCAGCAAGUUUUGCCACGCCGCUGAGGAUGUGUGGGAUAUCAUCUAG